AAAGCGGAAGUGGAGAAUGAAUGGACCGUCAAUGCUAAUAAGUUUGAAGGGAAAGAACGACUCUAUUAAGCACUUGGAACUUAAAACAUAAAACACUUAAAACACUUGACCAUAGGUUGAACUGAACAUCUGGUGUCUCUGUCGGUCUCGCGUUACAGAGUGUUUCAGAGUUCAACAAUGCAGUGUAACACAAUGAAGGCUAUUCUGAUUUUGAUUUUGGCUUCAACAUUUAUGGGUGUCUUUUUUAAAGCAGCUGUCUGUGAGAAUAUUCCGUCUGGUUUUACAUUAAUAAACCGAGCGUACACAUUCCCCGGUAACGCCAGCGGCUGUCAUCACGCUGAAUGGAGGAAGAGCCCCCCCGCAGACGCCACUAUCGCCACAUUCACAGAUCAUACGUGCACGACUGAAGAAGGCUUUGAGGAGGAGUUCACAUGUAAAGACCAGCAUCUGCUUCUCAGAGCAGCUAGAUACACAGACCAGGGGCGCUACGAGUUCAUCUGUAACACGGCUACAACAGCAACUCAAUUGGACGUUCUGUAUGCUCUAAAGCUGAGUGUAGACGAGACAGACAGCAUCACCUUCAGCUGUUAUUCACGCAGCGCCGAGGAUGUGACGUGGCUGCAUGACAAGGAGACAGUUUUGCACUACACGAUGGACGGAUCCGUGAUUCCUGGCAAAGGUUACGAGGGAAGAGCAUCGCUGGAGAAGACCUGCUUCACAACCGGCGAUUUCUCUCUGACCAUCUCUAAUGUUCGCCAGGCAGAUGCUGGCGUAUACCGCUGUUUUGUGGAUGAUGAAACCAUUAAAGGAUACCCACAUGCCUAUGAGCUGGAAGUGAACGAGAAACGCUCCAGUCCAGGAGACCAAACACACCCCGACUGCAAUGAAGCAGCUCUGGUUUUUUAUAAGACAUCCACCAUAGUUUUGGGGCUCAUCUUGGGGCUCAUCUUGGGGCUCAUCUUGGUUGUCAGUGUGAUAUGUUUGAUCAUAAAACUACACAAUCGUUGGUCCACAUCCGCUCCAUCCACUCAGAAGAGUGAGGAGAGCACACCUGAAAAUGACUGUAUGCUGAUGUCUGACAGAACUCCAGCCACCGAUGAACGUCCGCCUGUCCAGGAGAGCGACUACACCGAAAAUAAGCCUUCUGGCACACAACCUAUUUUUGAAAUCUGGCAGAAUGAAGCUUGUGAAGAAGAUACAGACAUCUAGGCCUGUUUCACUCAAGCAAUAGUGUUCAUAAAACAUCAGGUUCAUGUUGAGCUCUCACAGUGUUUCUCUUCCUUAAAACGUAUUGGUUUAUUGUGGACAAAACUGACUGUUGCAGACCUGCCAACCUGUACAAAUUUUGAACUCAAAGUACGUUUAUAGUUUCAGUUUAAAGCCUUAUUUUUAGUUUAGUAACUUUAACUUCUGCUUUAAAAGGAUUUAUUUUAUUUUUUUUAGAUUGCAGUGUUACAAUGUUUUAACCCUUUCUUGCACAUAAUAUAUGCCUACAUGCUUACAUUCACUUUAUUUGUUUAUCCAAAUAUCAAAUACCAAGAUAUACAGGCUACCGUAUACCGCAAAUCAGCCGAUAGAGAUAUGAAUCUCCCAGCCCAUUCAGACGUGUACCAGAGUUUCUAAUCUUUUGAAUGGCAUUAUAAAAAAAAACACAAAUUAAACAGUUAUGUUAAACCAUUACAGCAAACAGUAAAACACUAAACUGUUUACCCCCCCCCC